AUGGCUUCUCGUGUAUCAAUGCAACGGUUCUCGAGAAUGCCCAAUUUUUUCCUAAGAAAUGGCUGCCAUCCAUUGAGAUCGGGAUUUAAUGGUGGAAAAUUCAUUCUGUACACAGCUGGAGUUAUUGGCGGUGGCUUUGCCGGUUUGUACCUUAUGAACUCAAGAUCUGCUAUUCACGAAUACUUGCUAUGCCCACUUGUCAGAAUGAUGACUCCGGAUGCGGAAAAGGGCCAUAGGUUUGGAAUUUUCUGCUUGAAAUGGGGACUGGCUCCUAAACUUUUGUUUGACAAAGACGAUGAGGUCUUGAGGGUCGAUGUUUUCGGGACCACUAUGACCAAUCCAGUUGGCUGUGCUGCGGGUCUCGACAAGGAUGGUGAGGCCAUUGAUGGGAUUUUGCAAAGCGGGUUUGGCUAUCAUGAGCUUGGAUCCAUCACUCCAUUGCCACAACCCGGCAACCCCACACCAAGAUUCUUCAGACUACCCCAGGACGAUGCCGUUAUCAAUAGAUAUGGCUUCAAUUCCACUGGUCACGAUAAUGUUUACGCAACAGUCGCGAAGCGCGUGUCUAAUUAUCUAAACUCAUAUUUCUCGAAGGAUGUUGACUCUGAUAAACUGUCUCUUUACAAGAACAAGCUGCUAGCCAUCAAUCUGGGCAAAAAUAAAAAUGGUGACGAAGUCAAGGACUAUCUUAGAGGUGUGGAGAAAUUUCAGCGUCUAGCUGAUGUGUUGGUCAUCAAUGUCUCUUCUCCCAACACUCCUGGUCUCAGAGAUUUGCAAAGUGAGUCUAAAUUAACGGACCUGUUGAGUCAAGUAGUUUCGAAAAGAAAUUCGCUAAUUGAGACCGGCAACUCAUUGGGUUCCAAGUCUCACAGACCCCCUAUUCUGGUGAAGAUCGCACCCGACUUAACGGAACCAGAGCUACAGUCCAUUGCGGAAGCCGCCAAGAAAUCAAAAGUUGAUGGUAUCAUUGUUUCUAACACAACCAUCCAGAGACCUGAAUCCUUAAUAACUAGAGAUGAAAGUUUGAAAAAUCAGGUUGGUGGCUUGUCUGGUAAGCCUGUGAAAGAAUUUUCGUUGAAAGCCUUGAAGACCAUUUAUAAAUAUACUAAGGAUUCCGAUUUGAUACUAGUCGGUUGUGGUGGUAUCUCAUCAGCACAGGAUGCGCUUGAUUUCGGUAGAGCAGGUGCUACCUUCGUGCAACUCUACACAUCUUACGCAUAUAAGGGUCCUGGCGUGGUGGCCAAGAUAAAGGACGACCUUACGGAGGUAUUGAAGAGAGAAGGCAAAACCUGGAUGCAAAUUGUUGGCGAGGACAGCAAGUAA